CAACAAUUACCUGAUGACAUAAAAAUCCUCCAAAUCUUGAGGAAACAAUCAGACUUAUGAGUCAGCUGGAGACGUAGUAACCCCCACUCAUGCGUCAGCCUCCCUCACUCCUCCCAAAACCCACUUCCCCAAAUUCCAGUCCUCCAACCCCCUCUCCCCGUCAAAACACCAAAGCCCUCAAUCCAAAAAACCCACCUCAAAAUCCUCAAAUCGCUCCAAAAUCAAUAAACCCGAUUUAUUCCCUCACCACUUCUGACAUUCCCCGACAUUUCCCAGUUCCGAGAACAACUACAAGUGGUGCUGCACUGCACUGCGCAGACCCGCGCAAACACCGAGUGUCCCUAACCUAAAAGUCUCCCUCCGUUCAAAAGCCCCUACCACUCGAAAAAAAAUUUUAACUCAAUGAAUAAACAAUUCCCCACCCCCAAAUAAAAGGUGGAACGGACCAGCAAGAAUGACAGAUAAACAAGACCCCAACGACGAGAUCCGUUCGAUGUCUCGUAAAUUCGAGGCGAUAACAACGACAGACAGGAACUCAAACUCCCACGAUGGCCCAGGAGGCAAUUCUCCAUCAGUGAUCAACGUCAGGACCUCGAGAAAUCACGAGGAGGUGAGACAGACAGCCGAUGGGCUCUCCCUGUCCCUUCAGAGGGUGCGCAAGGACAUUCCAGAGAGGAUUAUUUUCGUCGUGGACACUGUCAGAGAGACAGAUUGCACUCCCUUUGAGAUCGGUUCAGGCGCCAAAUUUCCCCCCCUCCACAUGAUAAAACGAGUAAUCGAGAUAUUCAUCAGUGCCAAGGGCUCGAUCAGCAAAAAACACGAGUACGCAAUCAUGAAGUUGACUGACGAGUCCUGCCAGUGGGUCUGUGACUUCACUGACAACCCCAAAACCCUGGUCAAUCAGCUGGACAGGAUUGAGGAGGUCCAGGUGGAGGAGAACUCCAGGAGGUGCGACCUCACCGCGUGCUUUCAGUUAAUCGACGACAGAGUGGAGUUGGAGUGGAGCUCCAAGGAGCCCAGGUCCCUCACUCGAGUUGUUCUCAUCUACUCGAGGUCCCACUGCAUUCCUGACUUCUCAGACUCCAGGAGCUUCACUGCUCUCAUGGAGAAUCCUCACUUCUUCACGGAUGUCGUUUAUGUUCACGAGAAGGUCAAUGAGGGGAACGAGUGCGAGGAGGUGUACACGAAACUCGGGGAGCUGGACGUUAAACAGAACUCUUAUAUUUUCGAGGUGGCCAGGAAUCCGGCCAAUCUGCAUAAUACGAUGGCGAAGCUGCUGGCGCAUCCUCUGCAACGACCCAAGCAGGACGACACCUCGUAUGUGCCUCAGUGCUUAGAGGACACCGAUGUGCAGACUAAUGUUUGAAGAUAAGACUGUUUAUUUUUUCUUUUUGAUUGGGGGAUUUGACUUUUUUAAAUCAAAUAAGUGCGAAGUGGUGAAUUACUUGGAAUGGCUGGAGAGCUUGGGACUGGGGAAUUUUUGUGGGUUUUUUUGCAAAUGUCUUUGAGGUGAGGUCUUUAAGAUGUUCGCUGAGAGCCAUUGAGGAUUGUGAAGAAUUUUUGCAGGAUUUAUUUCAUCUUCUUCUCUGUAAACUAUAUUUCCCACGUCUUUCCGGUUAUCGACAAUUAUGAACUAGCUUUGCAGGAUUAUUCAUGAAGAAUUAGACAUUUUUGGGGGUACUUUCGUCAACAGUGGAAUUCUUAUCAAUUUUUUUACGUAGAAGUAUUUCUUUGGAGAAUUUUUCAAAGACGCGUGAUUUUAGUUCAUCUUCUGUUGAAAGAGCUUGAAGAUUUUUUUUAUUAACCGAAGUUUUUGUAGGAAAUAAUGCAUUUUCGAUAGAAUUUUUUAUAAUUCCCACGUUGAUUUAAACAGUCUCGUCACUUCAUCACUGAUUAUAUAAUUCUGUCUGAUUUAUUAUUAAAAAAAUAUUUGAUUUGUUCGUCGAAGACUAAAUUAUGCUGCUCAAUCGGUUUCAUCUUCAGUUUCCUCAACGUGAAAUGUUAACUGAAAAAGACAGUACAGUUUGUAUUAUGUAUUGACAAUUGAGAGGUAUGGAGGAAUUGAUGAAGGCCUGAUUGAUGAAUAAAUAGUAUAUGUUUCUUGAUUAAAAAUAAUAAUCGACGAAAU